AGUAAGGUUCUAACUUCAGUCAACCGAUUAGGAGACCAGCAUUGCUUAUAUCAGAAGCUGGAGCAUUACGCAUAUCAGAUAAACCGGAUGUGAUCUUACCACGGGGGAGACAUUACAACCACCAUAUGCGUCAUCCAACUCAGCAGAAUCAAUGCUGCUGCCCAUUUCUUUCUCUCUACCGUCAACAGGCUCCAUCAGGACUUCGAAUUUAAAGAGCUGGAGGAAGUUUGCAAUACUACCAUCAAGGUUACCAUGGAGUUGAUAGGGAAGGAAGGCCUGUUUGCAUUGAGAAGCUUGGGAAAGCUCACCCAGGCAAGCUCAUGCGCAUCACCACGAUAGAUCGGUACCUAAAAUACCAUGUACAAGAAUUCGAGAGGGCUCUGCAUGAGAAAUUUCCUGCAUGUUCGAUUGCAGCAAAGAGAUGCAUCUAUUCAACAACAACAAUUUUGGAUGUACAAGGCCUGGGCAUCAAGAUUUUCACAAAGACAGCUGCAAGUCUCCUGGCAGCCAAGCCAUGUCAAAAAUUGACAACAGUCACUACCCUGAGGUAUCUUUUUUUUCACUUUUUGGUGAUAAUUUUUUAUUUAAUGUUUGUUUUCGCCUUCAAUUUCCUAUGCAUUGUUUUGCUUAUGGAAAUUGGUUUUUGUAGCUCUUGCAUAAGAGCAUACAAGGGCUACAGCCUAUUGUUUGACACCAUUGUAUUAAUUUCUUCAUAUCUAUUCAUUUUGUCCUCUUCAUUUAUCUUUAGACACUAUAUCGAAUGUUCAUAGACGGUCCUGGUUUCAAGAAGAUGGUUUGGCCUGCUGCACAGAAAUUCCUUGAUCCAAAGACCAUAAUAAAAAUACAGGUUCUGAAUCCUAAAUCCUUAUCCAAACUACUUGAAGCCGUUUACUCAAGUCAGUUGCCUGACUUCUUAGGUGGUGCAUGCACAUGUUCCGCUGAGGGAGGGUGCCUUCGGUCUAACAUGGGCCCAUGGAACAAUCCCGCGAUAAUGAAGAUUGUACAUAAUGCAGAAGGCACAUUUGUGAGGCAAAUCACCAGAGUGUCUACUGGUCACCAACAGAAAAUUAAGCCUUAUAUUCAACUGCAGCCAUUGAAGGCAAGUUUCUGUUUUGAUAUACCGGCGUUCAUAAUGUUUUCCGUACAAUGUUCUCUUUUCUCAUUGGAUCUAUCAUGUACCAGGGGAGAAAUAGUGAUACCUCAACAGUGGAAUCAGGGUCAGAUGUUGAUGAUUCAUGCUCUCCAACCAGACAAUGUAGCUCUAGAUUUCCGCGUCUGGCACCAGUACAUGAAGAAGUGAGUUCAGGAAUCUUUUGGUUCACAACUUUACAAUUUGCUGAAUUCUAAUAUGGCAGAUGAAAGGAAAUCAUGUUGAAUCAUGAGAAAAUAUGACUUGCUCGCAUUACACAUUUGUCCCACUCUGUGUGUAUGCUCGGACAUUUCCCAUGCACAUUCUUAUGAGGCAACACUCAAUUCACAAGGUACUCCAGUGGUCCAUUGGUAUGACACGGUCCUGGAAAAUGUUGAAAAAAUUAGCUUCCGUUUUGUGCCAAGAGCACUAAUGUCAUUCAUGGCCAAGAUGCUGGCAUUUAUUCGUAGCCUACCUUUGGAAUCUUGGAGUAGGCAGGACAACAUUUAUCCAUCUAAUGUGAUGGAAGGCACAACAGAGCACUGUCCAAUGAAUGCUGAAGCUGUCAGCGAAGAAGGCCGGAUCCUUUCAUGUGUACAGCGGCUCCAAAAACUAGAAGAAUUAUUUGAAGAACUGAACAAGAAGCCUGCUGAAAUUCCUUUGGAGAAGGAGCAAAUGCUUCACCAAACUUUGGAUAGGAUCAAGUCUGUUGAGAUCGACCUUGACUUGACAAAACGAUGAGUGUAUUGCAUGCUACGGUAUUGAAGCAACUUGAGAUUGCUCAGUUUUUGUUGGAAAAUUUGCAGCAGUCAAAAUGCCAUGUAAGUUGCGUAGCAGUAGUUGUUAUUUUGUUCAUGAUAUAUGCCAGUGUAUUCAUUU